ACGAAGGUUUUGUUUUAAUCAUUUAUUUCCCAUCAGGCACUCGUAGGGCCCCCUCUAAAUUUAACUUAGGGGUCCAUCACCGUAGUUUUUGCUAGCUCCAAGAGCUAAAAUGUCGGGGGAAGUGUAUCUCCUGUGGCUGCUCUCGCUUUUUAAAACGCUGUCGGCGUAUGGCUCUGAGCUUUCGUCUGAGGCUUGCAGGGACCUGGGCUUUUCCAGCAACCUGCUGUGCAGUUCCUGUGACCUGCUCGGGGAGUUCAGCCUCACUAAGCUCCAGCCUGACUGCAGGCACUACUGCCAGCAGGAAGCCCAAUUGGAAGCACGCAAGCUCUACGCUGGAGCCAUUCUUGAGGUGUGUGGAUGAAAACUGGGGAGGUUCCCUCAAGUCCAAGCUUUUGUCAGGGGCGACAAGCCGAAGAUGUUCAAGGGUCUUCAGAUCAAGUAUGUGCGCGGCUCCGACCCUGUACUCAAGCUUUUGGACGAUAACGGGAACAUCGCAGAGGAACUCAGCAUCCUCAAGUGGAACACAGAUAGCGUGGAGGAGUUCUUGAGUGAAAAAUUAGACCGGAUAUAAACACGGAAACCCAUUUGUUUUCUGUUGUUAACGGGACAGUUUAACAUUUUUUUUGUAGGUAACAACAAAAGUUCACAGGAUCCCAUUUGAAACUCUAGACAGGAUGAUAAAAAACAUUUGUGGUGAAAUGUGCCUUGUAGGUAUUUUGCCAUUUUUGUUAAAUAGCUGCUAAAAUCUCAGUUUUUAUACCUGACAAAACGUGGCAUUUCUCAACAUACAUUCAAAACAGCAAAUCACGGCCAAGUUUGCUUUCUUAUUUCUGAUUUUCUUGUACACUUUAUAAAAAAUAUAUAAUACUUGAAAUAGUGUUCGGAAUCGUAGAAAAAGUCGCUGUCCAAACGCAGACGUAUUAGCUGUAGAACACUUUAGUGAAGACCUCACCUUAAACCACUGUUGGGAAGUGAGCUCUGAUGUGUUGUGUUCCUCUGCUUCAUCUGCUUUGGACAGAAACGAGAUUUCUUAUGGAUUGUUGUCUUUGAACAGGAUUUCACUUUGUUUUGUUAUUCAACAAUAAACAAAUGAUUUUCUUGCC